AUGAGAUGGGGUCAUAAAGCUAAUCCGGAUAGGUGGUUCAUAAACUUACAACCACAAUUCCAAGAAGUUGUAGACGCAAUGGAAUUGAAUGGUGAACGAGAUAUAGCUGGUAUUUUAAGCGCGGCUUUAAUGCCAUUGAAAGAUAUGAAACAUGCAGAUAUUUUGAACCAGUAUGAAAUGAACAUGGCUGAUGGAAAUAUAACACCUGACGUUCUAGAACAUUUAUCUCAAAGAACUACACAGAACCAUAAAGAUGGUAUAUUUGGUGAAGAGUUUAGAAAGAAAGUUAUGGACAGAGAAGGAAGAGAACCUAUUGUACAUGACCUUGCAAAUGAAAGUUUACAAAAUGUCAUAAAAACUUACUUUGCAGACAAUGAACCGAGAAUGGAUGAAUAUUUAAGUAAACUCAAAUGGACAGUACCAAAUGAAAUGUUAGUAUUGAAAAACAUGUUCCUUGACAAAAUAAAACCAACUACAGAAAUAAACGACGCAAGACUGAAAGAUUGGGUAAAAGCUUUCCCAUUCACAAAAGAUAUAAUUGGUAACAUGGAAAGAAAACCAGAAUGGCUACAAAAACAUAUAUUUGGAAACGAGCAUAUUCCAUAUGGACAGGCACUGUUUGAAGAGCUUGAACCGGA